UUCAUCUUUCACAGCUGGUGAUGGCGGAUGCUGUGGAAAUAGACUCUAUGAAGAAUUAUAACAUUGCGUUUGAGAGGAUAGACCCGAGCAUAAGCCGCUAUCCCUACUGUAUCGUUUGGACGCCAAUCCCGGUGUUAUCAUGGUUGUUUCCAUUCAUUGGCCACAUGGGCAUCUGUACAUCCACUGGAGUGAUCUGUGAUUUUGCAGGUCCAUACUUUGUCUCAGAGGAUAACAUGGCAUUUGGAAGACCAACAAAGUACUGGAUGUUAGAUGUGAGUAAAGUAUAUGCCAGCGGAUCUAACGUUUGGGACACAGCAGUGCACAAUGCAUCAGAAGAGUAUAAACAGAGAAUGCACAAUCUUUGUUGUGACAAUUGUCACUCACACGUUGCCAUGGCACUGAACUUGAUGCACUAUGACAACAGCACCUCGUGGAAUAUGGUGAAUCUCUGCCUGCUUGCACUCAUUCAUGGCAAACAUGUCAGUUGUGUGGGCUUUCUGAAGACUUGGCUUCCAUUCUUCACCUUAACCAUUGUCAUCUUAGUAGUAGCCCUGUGUCUAAACCUGAGAUGACCAGACUUGGAUCAAGCAGACGUGGGCAGUUCAGGGUUGGUGGGUUAUUGAGCCCAGCACCCUGCUGGAUAACCAGUUUCUCCAGCUUACAGUGGGACUCCAAUAUAUGUCAACUGGACCAGAGGGGGUCAACACAGUCCCGUUCAACUCUUCCAAACGUAGAGGAGCUCAACAUCGAAACUCUAAGUGCAGGCCUCUUUGUUGUAGGGUACACCAUGGCUUUAAUGUCUUGUGGUGAUUUAAGAUGCUAUUGUCAAAAACUUGUCUUCCAAAGACACUUUUAAAGUUUAUGGUGCUCAUUUAUUGUUUGGUUAGAUACUGAUCUCCAAACUAGAACUUCUGUGUACAAAAAAUAACACUCUUACUUGAAAUAUAAAUGUCUUAUAUUUUAAAUAUUACUUGAAUAUAAAUUUCUAAUGAUUAUUUUCGAAAUACACAGAGAUAUAUCUGAAGAUGGAUUUCCAUUUAAAAUGAGUGCUCAUCUACAAUCACACUUUUAAAAUUGUGUUUUGUAUAAAGAUGACCAAUUUGGCUUUUCUUAUUGGCAAGGCUUAACAGCAUCAUGGCAUCACAAAAAAUGGUAUAACUGAUCUUUUAAAUGGUGUAGCUUGGCGUGCUUUUAAUAGUAAUUUGUUCCAUAUAAUUACAUAUGGAAGUUAGCACUGAAAACAUUUAUAAAGCAGUUGAUGAUGCUGUCUUGUAUUAUUUAUAUUUAAAAGCAUUCUUUAAAUCAAACUGUAUGGCCUGCUUAUAUUAUAUUGCAUGAUAUACUGUUAAAUCAACAAUGAUCAGCAAUUGCGACUUAUUUUACUUCCAUAAUGUGAUGUAUUUUGGAGUGAAACACAAUAUUCAGCAAGAACAAAAUGGUUUGAUAAAAAAAGAAACAAAGGAACGAAUUGACUGGAACAUGUUCCAUACUAGAAUGUAGCCAGGUGAUUGGAGAAGAACGUGACAUCAGCCAAAAACCAACAAAUAGUGUCAGAUGCAAAUUAACGUUUUGUAUUAUUUGUGUUUUGUUUGCUUUAUUUGUUUUGUAUUUGUAAACAUUCUCUCAAGAAGUAUGCGGGAAGCAGGGUGGCAGUCCAUGUAAAUCAGCUUUUAUUGAGUUUUCAGCUUCACAAAGAAAAAACAGUCUUUUCAGCUUCACAGAUAAAGAAGUGGCUUUUCAGCUUCACACAACUCUCUCCCCCGGUCCGUGGCUCUCGUGGCCACUGAAACAAGACAGGUGUUUAGUAUUAACAACCACCUGGUGAUGGCCCUUACCGCUUCCUCUCUCCCCAGUGAUAGACACAUGACCACGUCCCACUCCACAUACCCCCACCACCCAACUCAGGCCCCAGGGCGUCCGACCUGCUAACUCCCCCCACAUUCCUGGAGAAGAAAUCAGCCACAACCAUCUGUGUCCUCAGCCUGUGGACCACCUUAAAUUUUAAUGGCUGAAGUGCCAAGAACCAACGAGUGAUCCGCACAUUGUUAUCCUUCAUGCGGUGGAGCCACUAAAGCGGGGCGUGAUCCAGUGGAAGAUGAAGGCCCGAAGGUAGUAGCGGAGGGAUAGUACCGCCCACUUGAUGGCAAGACACUCUUUCUCGAUGGUGCUGUACUUAGUCUCUCUCAAAGUGAACUUACGACUAAUGUACAACACGGGACGCUCCACACCCUCCACCUCCUGCGAGAACACGGCCCCCAACACCCUCGCUGAUGCAUCCGUCUGUAAAAUAAAGGGGAGAGAGAAGUUAGAAGCAGGUAAAAGAGGUACGGCACAGAGUGCAGAUUUCACUCUCGUAAAAGCCUGUUGCUUCAUCCACUAGACAGGAUCUGGUGCUCCUUUUUUAGUGAGAACAGUCAAGGGGCUGGUGAUGUCAGAGAAAUUAGGAACAAACCUUCUGUAAUAGCCUGCCAGCCAUUCCCAUGAACUGCCUCACCUCCACUUUGGAUGUGGGCAGGAUGUUAUCGCUGCGGUCUUAUUAAUUUGGUGAUGUACCUGCCCAUGACCCAAGUGGGAGCCCAGAUACCGUACUUCCACCUCCCCAAUUGCACACUUCAGCAUGGCUCUCAGAUGCUGCCUCUGCCAAUCAUUACUGUAUAUAAUGAUAUCAUCUAAGUAGGCAGUGGGAUGCGCUGCGUGUGGUCGGAGGAUCUUAUCCAUGAGAUGCUGGAAACUGGCUUUAGCCCCGAACAAACUAAACGGAAGAGUGACGAAUUGGUGUAAUCCGAACGGUGUGGAAAAUGCAGUUUUUUCUCAGGAUAAUGGAGUUAAGGGGAUCUGCCAAUAUCCCUUAGUUAAAUCCAGUUUCGAAUAAAAUUGAGCCGCACCCAACCGAUCGAGCAGUUCGUCAAUUCGGGGCAUUAGGUACUUCAAAUUUAGACACCGUGUUGACUUACCAGUAAUCAACACAGAAACGGACUGACCUGUCACUCUUAGGUUCAAGAACAACCGGGCUCCCCCAAUUGCUGUGCGAUUCUUCAAUUACCCCCAUCUUGAGCAUUGCCUCUAUUUCAUCCCAAAUCACCUUUUUCUUGUGUUCGGGUAUGCGGUAUGGCCGACUAGACACUUCUCAAUAUGGUGCUGUAUGAGGUUAGUCCAACCGGGAAAUGUAGAGAACACAUCCGGAAACUCUUUUUGCAACCUGGCCAUGAGCUGGGACGAUGAGAGGUGGACUCCACAAUGGGUGAAUGGAUCGGCUUUGAACUUCACCUCUGGCCCAAGCUCCGCCCUCUCAGGAACUACCAUCACCAUGGAAAUAGGGACCGCCUCUCUCCGUAAUUUAUGGAGGUUGUGGUGGUAAAUUUGAUAUGCCCCGCUUCUAUCUGUUUGUUUAACUUCAUAAUCGAGGUCCCCGACUCGCCGUGUAACCUCAAAGGGUCCUUGCCACUUGCCGAGUAAUUUCGAGCUCGAUGUGGGGAGUAAUUCAAGUACUUUGUCUCCAAGUGCAAAUUCCUUUUGCUGGGCACCCCUAUAAUACAGCCAGCUUUGUGUCUCUUGAGCUUGGAGCAAAUUCUGUUGUGACAUCUGACCCCAGUGUGUGUAGCUUUGCUCAAAGAUCAAGGACGUACUGAAUUUCAUUUAUGCUCUGGGAAGGUCCUUCCGACCCACGCCUCCCAUAUGACAUUAAGCACCCUUUGUCUCCCAGUGCAAGCGUUAGAAUGAUGUCCAUACAGGAGCUCGAAGGGGGAAAACCCAGUUGAGUCUUGUCGGACCUCCCUGACUGCAAAUAAUAGGGGGUCCAGCCAUUUGUCCCAAUUUCUAGCAUCCUCGUGUACGAACUUACGAAUCAUGUUUUUCAGGAUGCGAUUAAAUCAUUCCACCAGCCUGUUAGUUUGCGGGUGAUAAACGCUGAAGCGAAUCGAUUGAAUCCCCAGUAAUUCAUAAAGUUCGGGUAGCGUUCGUGACAUAAACGUAGUGCCUUGGUCGGUGAGGAUUUCGUUCGAAAUUCCCACCCGGGAGAUAAUUUUGAAGAAUGCCUCCGCAACACUGUGUGCUGAGAUGUUGCGCAGAGGCACUGCUUCCGGAUAUCGUAUUGCGUAAUCCACCAGGACUAACACAAACCGAUAUCCACGUGUUGACCAUUCUAAUGGCCUUACGAGGUCCAUAUCAAUUAUUUCGAAGUGGUCCUUGUUUUGCGGUAAUGGGCGCAAUAGCGCUCUUGGGGUGGCUGGUUGAUUCACCAACUGACAUUCGUGGCAUGCCGCCCACCACCUGCGUACAUCCCCGUGAAUGCCCAGCCAAUAAAAACGGGCCAUUAAACGGUGCAGUGUUCUUUCUUGUCCUAAUUGACCCGCCAUAGGUUUUGUGGUGAGCCUCCUGGAAAAGUGUGUCCCGAUGGCUCCUCGGGACUAAUAACUGGUUUGUGUUCGUAUGGGUUUGAGUGUCUUGCAUCACUCGAUACAACCAGUCCCUAAUAAUUGAAAAGUAUGGAUAUGUGAGGCCAACGUCAGGCUGGAGCUGCUGGCCAUCGAUUACUCUCACUUGGUCAAAGGUGAUUUGUCACGCAACUGCUCUAGAGGGAACUCCCCCUCCAGGAAAUCCUUAACGGCUGGAAUGCCGGAGGAUUCCCCUCCUGUGUCAUUCUGAUGUUGAGUAGGCACGGACAGCCCUGGCUCCGCCUCCCCAGCCAUCGCGUCACACAUUACACACAGUGUUUUUGGCUUGCAGUACCCAUCUGCACACAACGCUUUUAAUAACCUUUUAAACCCCAGCCAAUUUGUUCCCAAAAUCAGCGGAUGGGUGAGGCGGGAAUUAACCACGGCCUCCACUAUAUGAUUUACUCCCCAAAAUUAUAUAACAGUAGUCAGUACCGGGUAUUCGUGAACAUCCCCAUGCACACACCUUACUAACACCUUGUGAUUUGUACUCAGAGCCCCGUCAUAAACCAAGCCGUAGUGGAUCGAGGUUUGGUUGCAACCUGAAUCCACCAGGGCUUGGUAUGUAUGCCCCUUAACCCUUACCGGUAUGCAAUAUGUCCCAGCUCGAUUGGGUGAGGCCUGUGGCAUGUCAAGGAUCCGGAUGCACAUCCCCACUUCCAUUAUCGGUUCCCCGCAACUCCAACAGACUGGCCCAGGCUCCCCGGCUGCACCCGGGGCGGGUGCAUUGUGCGCUGACCUCACUCAGCGUAAGGGAGUGGAACCACUGACGAUGUUGUUCGGGGUGCGGGCCACCCAUUGCAGGACAGCGGUCUUCAGUUUCACAUAGUCCAGGCGACCCUUAGCUGGCAAUUGUUGUGCCAUGAGUUGGGACUCCCCAGAAAGCAGCUGAAGCAAGUGGAGGAUCCACUGGGCUUGAGGCCAGCCAGAGGCGGUGGCUGAGUGUUCAAAGAGGCCCAGGAACGCCUCUUGGUCAUCCUGAGGGCCCAUCUUCAUCAGGAGGAGGUGCAACUUCAUUGCUGACUCUGGGGACACGGCAGACGAUCCACCUGGAGCUAGCCAGCUCUGUAGAGCCUGCCAAUCCUUGACCUGGGCCUGGAGGAGCUCCUGGAAACAUCGCUCCUGGCGAAGGAGGGCUUGGUGAUUGGUCUCCUGGAUGCUAGCCAGGCUGCAGAUGACUUUGCCCAGCGGUGAGGUGUCCAUGGCGACCAGUCUUCUUCCUUUGAUUCCUGGGUUUCGGCACCAGUGUAAACAUUCUCGCUAGAAGAAAGUGGGAAGAGGGGUGGCAGUCCAGGUAAAUCGGAUUUUAUUCAAGCACUUUCAGCUUCACAAAGAAAGAACAGGCUUUUCAGCUUCACACAUAAAGAAUAGGCUUUUCAGCUUCACAGAUAAAGAAGGGUCUUUUCAGCUCAAUCAACUCUCUCCCUCGGUCCGUGGCUCUGGUGUCCUUUUAUAGCCCAUCUUCAUCGUCACUGAAACAAAACACAAGUGUUUAAUAUUAAAAACCACCAGGUGAUGGCCCUUACCGCUUCCUCUCUCCCCAGUGACAGACACAUGAUAACGUCCUGCUCCACAGUAUUGUUUUUGUUUUCUUUUUGUUUAAUUUUUGUUGUUUUGUUUUUGUAUUGUUGUUUUGACUGUUUUUUGUUUUGCUUUGGUUGUUGUUAUUUUGUGUCCAGAACUUAUAUGACGCAGUAAAGCUCCCAAAUUAUUGUUUUGACAUUAAAUAUCAAAGGAUACACUAUCAGAUUGACUUUUGAUUACAACUGGCACAGUUUACUUAGUGUAAUGACAACACAACAUUAAUGAUAACAUACGUUGUGUUCCAUAAACCCUACGAUUUGGGUAAUGUUUAUGAAGAGACUCAUGAAUUACAGUCAACAUGACACAUCACUCACUCGCAACCCAUUUUACAUAUGUAAUGUGCCACAUUUUGGAGUGAAACAGGAUAUUUUCGAUGAGAAACAUUUAGGACGGUGCUUAAUUUUAUCCAUCUUGUCAUUUUGGGAGCGGAGCAAGUUAUUAUAUUAAGAUUAAAAUUGUAUAGUGAUCAUUGCAAAGACUAACAUUUUGUUUCUUUGGAAUAAUGUGCACCACUCAAUAAGACCAUGAAUGUGUACUGAAAAAUAGGUUUAGUUUUAAUGUUGACUUUAAGGAGGUACAUAGCUCAAAGUGUUUGUACAUUAAAUGGGUCCAAUUGGUUCAUCCCCUAGAUUACAGCCAAACUCCAUCACAGUAAUCCAGAAAACAGCUCUCCCUUUUGUCUCUGUUAGAGAUUUGUUUGCUUUUCUCUAAGUUUGUAUUAAGUUUCGAACACCAAUUGAAUCCAAGAAUAUGCUCUGUACACCAAAUCCUUUACCAUGGCUACUAUUUCAGAAUUAAAUCCACCCAUUGUUUGACUCAGAACAUUCACAGAGCCCCCCUCUUCCUUCCUUACUGUAUUACUCCCAUCUCACAUCCCAUCUUUUUCUCUCCCUCUUUCACACUCCUUCACUCUUUGGAAGUAUUGCCAAGAGCAGCAAGUAGCCAGGUGUCUUACGCUCUUUGAAGACUCUUAAUAAAGAUUUUAAGAUUGGCUGGUGUGUUUGAGGAUUGUGGCCCCUGCUGGUACAGGCUAGAGUUGAUCAGAUUAGAAAGACGCAGUGAAAUAUCAUUGGCUCACUGACAUAAUUACCUUUGGAUUUCCUGUCUUCAAAGAUGUGAAUUGAUGGAUCAGAAGACACUUUUAAAGUUUCUGCAGCCCUGAAGUUCCCAUUUCCGGUUUGUAAUUCCUGAAAGCUAAUAGUAUUCCACAGGGUAAAUACUGUUAUAAAGUAUAACAAUUCAUUCACUGAUAGUUUUCUAUGGUUACGAUAUAUAAAAUGUAAAAAUGUACUUAGCACUUUCCAUGAAUAGGGUACAAAAUAGGACCUGAAACAAACUCUUUUUUUUUUUUUGGUGUAUUGAAAAUUGAAACAGUGAACAUCAGAAUCAGAAUAAGCUUUAUUGCCAAAACAAUAGGACAUAUAACAUAGAAUGGUGUAUGUACAUGUGCAAGUGGUAAUAUAUGUGCAAGUUAGGGGUAUGUACAGUUAUUUAAUUAAAUAUGUUAAUUGAUAUAUGUACAUGAGAUAUGUAUUUACAUUAUUGCACUAUGGGGGAGUCCUGAGGCAGUUUAAUUGUUCAUAAGAAAAAUGGCUUGAGGGUAAAAAACUGUUCUUGUGCCUGGAUGUCCUGGUGCUGAAUGCUCUGUAGUGCCAGCCAGAGGGCACCAGUUCAAAGAGGGAGUGGGCAGGGUGUGUGGGGUCCAGAGUGAUUCUACCUGCACGUUUCCUCACUCUGGAGACAUACAGGUCUUGGUCAAUAAUCCUCUCAGCAGUCCUGAAUGUCCGUUGUUGUUUCCUUCCGUCUGAUUUUGUGACUGAACAAAACCAGACAUUUAUAAAUGUACGCAGGACAGACUAGUGUGAAAUAAACUCAAUGACAAGCUCACAAUUGCAGCCUGAUCUUAUGAAAUCUACUUGACCAUGGCAACACUUUUGCAUUAUGUGCCUUAUUUCACGUUUUGCUGCAGUUUCCCUGUAAGAUGUCCAGCGGGGGGGGUUGGGGGGCAAAAGCGAGUGAAAUGAUGUUGUAAGCAGCUGAGGUUUGUAAGGUUAAUUUUAGAUGGACAUUUUAUUGAGUAAAAGGCACUUCCCUAACAUAAAACUUUUACUUAAACCUAAAAGAUAAAUGGGAGGUGAACAAAACAGACAUCCUGCAAAAAACAAAACAAAAUUCUGAAUGUAUCACGUUAUUUUGUGUUUCUUCUAUGUUACUUUGGUUUUACUUUUACUUGCAUUUCGAGUGUCCUUGGCUGGGCUCUAACCACAGUGUUCUGAGUUCAAUGUCCAACACUCUAUCAGGUGAGCCACCAUGGAAGCUAAUCAUUCUGGAAUAAGUGUGUAAAUGUAGGUGGGUCUGUACAAGCAUUAACAUGUAUUGUUUUUCAAAUGAUGCAUUAUAGUAAAAGUGUUUUCAUAUCAUAACAUCAGUGUGUGAGUAAUAGUGUGAAAAAUAAGUGUUUAUAAAGUCAAAAUCAGCCAUUGUACCUGUGAUUUGUGUGAAAGUGAAUAAAACACA